GCUACUGCUCUGAAACCUAAAAUGUUAGACACUGAGUGAGUCUAAGUGCCUACAGCAUUCAGUGGGAGUUUUGUGAAUCACGGUGGAGCCUAAAACUGGGAUUUAGGAAUUUAUACUCCACACUGAAGUGCCUAAGUCUGGGGUCUAAGAGCUUAAGUAUCUUGUAAACCCCCCCUCAGUUAUUUCAAGAUCUCUUUAUGUGAUGUAUCCAUAUGCAUCCAUCUAGAUGUACAUUAAGGAUAGUACAUGAGACAUUUCUAACAUACAUCAAGAUAUUCUGAUUAGGGCUUUUAUGGUAAACAUUUUGGCCAAGAUUUUCAAAAAUAGCAGCUUAAUUUAUAUUUAGACACCUUAAGUUUACAGGACCUGUUGGAUGCACAGUAUUUUUGAAAUCAGGCCACUUGAGUGCUUAAAUAUGGAUUUAGGAGCCUAAAAUUAGCCUCCUAUUUUUUUUAAAAAAACUUGCCCUUUUUUACUUUUCAUAUUAUUUGUCAGUCUGAAUGUACUAUUCUAAUUAUUUUAUGAAAACAAAGGAAAAUCCCAAUUCCCUCUCAACUUAAUCCCAGGAUUUGGUGACAUUGUGGAAACCCACUAGAACAAAUGUAGAGUUGUUUGUGAUGCUGUAUUUUUCUGUUAUUCUAGUCAAGAAAAUCUAGAUGACAAAGGACUAUACUAAAGAAAUAAUGAACAUCAGAAAUAAAGCCAAAUCCGGUUUUCAGUAAACAGCCCAAGUAAAUGGAUGGGUGCAUAUUUAUAUUAAAAAAUCAUAAUUAUUAUAAAAUUCUGUUAUAAUCAUUAGUUCAAUCUCCUAAUGUUAAACAACAUGUUGCUUCAUAUGGUUUCCACGCUUACAAUUUUUCAGUUUCUGAAGAGAUACAAGAAAGGAAUCAAUGAUCCAUUCAUUCCACAAUGUCUGAAAAUUUGUCAACAAGCAGGAAGGAAAAGAAUGAGGAUGAAGUCACAGCUGGCCUAAAUACUGAAGGACUGAACAAAAGCCCUCAAGAAGUUUCUGAAAGUGAUGCUAGGAAAGACUCAUUACAAUCAAUAGAGAAUCUUGAAAUGGCUGGAAAAUCAUCAACAAGGUCUCUCGAAAAAAAGGAUGAACUCAGAAUUGGCCUAAAUACUGAAGGACUGAAUGAAAUUCCACAUGAAGUUACUGAAGCAGAUGCCAGUAAAGACAUCUUACAAUCAUUUGAGAGUUUUCAAAUUAUUGAAGGAUUAUCAACAAGUAUGUCAAAUGAAAAAGAAGACUAUGAAAACAUAGCUGAUUGUCGUGAUGAUGGAAUGAUGGUCCUCCCCCAAGAAGUUUUUGAAACAGAUUCCAAAAGAGACACAAUACAAUCAGCGGAAAACUUUGAAAUAGAUGAAGUAUUCUCAACAAGUGUAUUGCCUGAAAAAAAGAGUGAUGAAUUCCCAGCUGAUCUAAAUGCUGAAGGGCUGAUGGAACUCUCUCAGAAGAUCUCUGAAAGAGAUGUGGGAAAAGACACAUUGUGCUCACUAGAAAAUCUUGAAGUGUUUCAAAAAUUAUCAACAAGUGUGUUACAGGAAACAGGGGAUGAUGAAAUCACAACUGAUUUAAAUGCUGAAGAACUAAACCAAAUCCGUCAAGAAACUGUUGAAGGAGAUGCUAAAGGAAAUCAAUUACAAUCAGAAGAGAAUCCUGAAAUAGCUGAAAAGGUAUCAACACAUAUAUUGCAUGCGGGAAAACAUGAGGAAUUUAUGGUUAAACUAAAUGCUAAAGGACUAAGGGAAAUCCCUCAAGUAGUUUUUGAAAUACAAACUUUAAAAUAUUUGCAUUUAAACAAUAAUGAAAUCAAAACUUUAUAUAAAAAUCUAGGUAAUUUGACAAACCUGGAAAUACUGUCCAUUGAAGGAAAUGGAUUGAUAGCAUUGCCACCUGAAAUUUCCCUACUUCACAAACUGAGAGUUUUGAACAUCAGUCACAACCAGUUAUCAUGUCUCCCUAAAGAGUUAUCAAAGCUUGUAAAUAUUAAGCAACUUUUUGUCAGUCACAAUAACAUUGAAGAAUUUCCAGCUGCCUUGGAAGGCCUUGAAACCUUGGAAAUUUUAGAUCUUGCUGUAAAUAAUUUAAAAACGCUGCCAGAAAACAUGGUUAGCAUGAAAAAUUUGAAUGUACUCAACCUUGAUUCCAAUCAGAUCUUAAUAUUCCCAAAGGUCCUCUGCUACCUUCCAAGUCUAAUCAAACUCAGCAUUUCGGGGAACCUGAUUCAGGGCUUACCUAAGGACAUUAAAGAGCUCAGGAGAUUACAGGUACUUUCAGUGAAUCACAAUAAACUUAUAUUUCUGCCUGUGCAGCUUUUUCAACUAGCAAAACUACAAAAACUCAGGCUAGAUGAUAACAAGUUGGACGUUCUUUCAGACAAAGUUGAGAAUUUGCAAGAACUUAGAGUUCUUAGUCUUGCCAACAAUUUAUUUAGAAGCAUUUCAGAGAAUCUUUGCAAUUGUACAAUGCUGGAACGUCUUAUUCUUCGUGGCAAUCAGCUAACACACCUUCCUAAUAGGAUGCACAGACUUAAACAUUUAAGAGAACUUUGCAUAAGUAGAAAUCAAAUGGAUAACCUAGAUGAACAAAUAUCACGUAUUAAAGACCUUUUCAUUAUAGAAGCUUCUGGAAAUGCAUUAACGUGCAUUCCUGUUGAAAUAAAAAAUUGCAUGCAGAUAAUUAAAGUCGACUUGAGCUAUAACAAACUUCCUCAGUUUCCAGUUGGAUUGUGUGCACUGGUUGCUCUUAAAAUCUUAAACCUCAGUGGAAACUAUAUUUCAGAAAUAAUAACUGAAAUUUCUUUUAUUGAAAAUUUGGAGCACCUAGAAUUAAGUAGGAACAAACUGUCAUCUUUUUCUGAACACUUGUGCAGACUUACAAAACUAAUCUAUUUAGAUUUAAGUGAAAAUGAAAUAAAUAGCAUUCCAAAAGAGGUGUCUAAUAUGAAGUAUCUCCAGGUACUUCUUUUAUACCACAACAAAUUUGUCUCAUUUCCCAGGGAACUGUGUGCUUUAAACAGUUUACAGACACUUGAUCUUUCAGAGAAUCAAAUACAGUGCAUUCCCUCAGAUAUUUGUAAUCUGCAAGUGAUCAAAGAUUUAAAUUUGUCAAACAAUCAGUUAGUAUCUUUUCCAUCUGAAAUAUGUCAUCUUUCGUCACUGGAGAAACUCAAGUUGUGCCAAAUAAACGGAUUGAAGUUAACUAAACUUCCAGAGGAGCUGUCUAAACUGACUUGCCUCAGAGAGCUGGAUAUAUCUCACAAUGCAUUAAAAGAAAUUCCAGAAGGCAUAGGGGAACUGAAACACUUGGUCAGCUUAACUGCAAAUAAUAAUUACAUUAAUCAGCUUCCCAGAUCUCUUACAUCACUGAGUGAUCUACAACAACUUAAUCUGAGUGGAAAUCAGUUAAUAUGUUUGCCGAGUGGUCUCCAACAUCUUCAGUCACUGAAGGAUAUAAAUUUUGAUGGAAAUCCUCUGAUCAGACCUCCACAGGAAGUCUGUAAAGGAAAACAACUAUAUACCAUUGUACGCUACCUGGAGAGCGCUGAUGAAAGAGAUGGGAAAAUUUUGCAGAAGAUAUUAAAGAUAAUUUCUGGGAACGUUUCCUUUGAAAAUUUUGAAUUUUUCUGCCAGAAACUGCAAUUUAAUAAUGCUGAAAUUAAAUCUCUUGAAAAUAACAGGUCUCUUGUAUUGGAAGAGAAAAUACUCCAGGCACUGGAGAGCUGGAAAAGUGAAAACCAAGCUCUAACUCCUGCUGAAAUGAUAGAUCAGUUGAUCAGAGUACUAACAAUGACAGGCAUGCAUUACCUGACCAACAAAGUAAAAGCUUUAAAACUCUAUACACAGUCACUAAAAUUCUAAAUAGCUGAUGCAUAAAAAAAUCAUUUUUAUUUUUGAACAAGAUGAAAGCUUGUGAUAUAAUUAUCUGUUUCUGAAAAUAUCAUCAUUCUGAAUGUACCAUAAAUUGAGAGACUGGAUGGUUAGUUUCUUAUUAGAGAUUGGUUUGUAAUUCUGUAUGUCUUUUCAAAAUGUCUUGAGUCCAAAAACUCCCCCCACAAACACUCAAACCUUCAAUGCCUUUUUUUCUUAAUUUCUGGAGGGGAAAGAAGCAUUUUUA